AAUGGACUUGCUUAUUGUUCUUGGGUGUGGCAUUGUUCUCUUGGGAUAGCGGUUGAGCAGCAACCCGCCGACCUUAUUCUUUUAAAAUAACAAAAGGCCACACUCGCCAUGUUUUUUUUGUGACAGAGCUUCGCGCUUUAUUUCUUUACUUCUUGCUUUCAUCUCGCUGCGCGUUCCUUAGCUUGACAUGUUGUCGAGCAUAUUUGCUGCUACUUUUGCCUUUGGCGCGUCUGUUGUCGCGCAAUCUUCGUCUUCUGUUGUGUGCGUUGCGGGUCAAUGCCUGCAAGGUAAUUCUAAUACAACUCUUGGAGCAACUCUCUCAGCAUCUGGAAUAUCGACCGAAGUGCUUCUUCUUCCUGGACAAUAUGCAUCCACGACCAACCCAGAGCUUCUUCAUGAGCUGUUAACGUCUUCUUCUGCUAAACUUUCUCCGUCUACUGGCUUCGUAAACUCGAGCGCCGGAUCUUCAGUUGCUCUUCCACUAAAUAUUGCACUUCAGCCAGGCAUGGUGAUCUACCCGCAAGCUUUCUAUUCAGGACAAGGUUCAUAUUCAAGCCUCCCUACGUCCCCCGUCGGAAAUACAACCAUCCCAUUCACUGCUUCGUCAUUUGCCCUCUCAGGGAACGUAUGGGCAGCCGUAUCAGCCGGAAGCAACAGCCGUGUCAUUCUGUGGAACUCUGUUCCUGAUGUCAGCCAGCUCCCUGCGAGCGCCUCAGGGUCCCUAUCGUUGCUCAACCUGCAAUCAUCAUCCUGUUCGCCGGCUUGUUCCGGGAAUGGCAUUUGUUCCGCUUCUGGGACGUGUCAAUGUCAAAGCGGAUUCACCGGUUCAUCUUGCGAGUCGUGUUCGUCUGGUUUCUUCGGACCGGAGUGCCAGGCUUGUCCGUCAGGGUGUACUUCAUGUGAUGAUGGAAUCUCGGGCACGGGGCGUUGCUUGGUGCCAGUGGUUUCAAACCUGCCAUCGAGCUGCAAUUGUAUCAACGGCGAAUGUGGCGCCAACGGACAGUGUACCUGUAUCAACGGCUGGACCUCGGCGUCAAAUGGAACUCAAUGUGCUGCAUGCGCGGCCGGUUUCUUUUUAGAUACAAACGGGAACUGUGAAAUUUGUCAAUUGGGUUGUCAACAGUGUGCCGAUGGCACCGGGGACUGCAUUACUUGUGCAUCGGGCUUUACUCAGGACGGGAACGACCGCACAAUGUGUGAUGCCAUUCCACAAACUACGUCAAACGGCACGACUUGUCCCAGUGGAAGCUACGGCGCUGGGUCUACUUGCGCGAUUUGUUCCCCGCUUUGCACGACUUGCACCGGGCCGAAUUCGAACAAUUGUGUCAUUUGCGGAUCUGGCACGUACAAGUUUAAUGGGUCGUGCGUGACGACCAGCUCCGGGGGUGUUUGCUCAGGCUCUAAUAUGAUUGCCAACAAUAACAAGCAUGAGUGCGACACUUGUGGCCCAAAGUGCACGACCUGCCAGAUAUCCAGUUUCAAUGUGGCAUCUACCGUGAAUCAAGCUCAGUGUACUGGCUGUCUUCCUGGUUUCGUCUUGUCACAAGGGACGUGUGUGACGAGCUGUCCGUCUGGUACUUUCCUGUCUCCUCAAGAUAAUUUGACAUGCACAGCUUGUUCUUCGUCCUGUACUAGCUGUGCGGGAAGCGCUACCACCUGCUUGACAUGCGCGAACAAUUUGCUGGCUUCAAACGGGCAAUGCGUCAAUUCUUGUCCCUCCAACACGUUUAGUUCCUCCGGGGCCUGCGUUUCAUGCCACCCAGACUGUGCAACAUGUUCAGGCGCAUCCUUUAACCAGUGCACAAGUUGCAACAAAGCACUCCCUGUCCUUACAAGUGGGCGUUGCCUCGCUACUUGCAGCCAGAACCAGUAUUUCGACACAACAUCCUCAACAUGCCAGUCUUGCGAUUCCAGUUGUGCUAGCUGUUCAGGCGCCGGUCCAAAUAGCUGCCUCGCUUGCUCAAGUUCUAGUCAAGUUUUGCGUGGGGGUACUUGCACUUCGGCUAACUGCACGAGCAGUACAAGUGUUGUCCCAAGUCUCGGGGCAUGCCUUUCAGAACUUGUACUAGUCUCACCUUCUGGUACGAGCUCAGGCGCGCUUCCUUCGGGGCUAACAACUCCUACCACAACCACCACAACCCAACGAUUGCAGUGGUGGGAGAUUUUGCUCAUGGCGCUUGGAUGUGCUUUCAUUUUUGUGGCCUUUUUGUAUUGCUGGCGCCGCCGAGCUCGCAAGCAACGAGCAAAGGACACAGCGGCAUUUGCGUCUGCUAAGGCCCUCCACAAGCAAAACUGGAGAUGGCGACUUGCCCGCUUUGGGGAGAGGCUUUUUGGGCACAACCGUAACCCACGGCCUGAGUCAGAGGAAAUUACUUUAUGGAAACUGCGUGCCGCGGAGGAGGCACGGCACCAUAAGGAAAUGGAGAAGCUCAUAAGUGCACACGAGUACUCUUGCUCAGGAUCGAGCCGGUCUCCUUCGCCCCUCCCUUCGCUUCAUCCCUACAAGCGUCGCGGAUCACACGAUUACUCCAAUGCUAAUAGGCUAUCGGGUUCCAUGUAUUCCCAGUUGACGGGGGAGGUUCGUUCCGGACCUGAACCUCGGCAGCCUGUCAAGUCGAAUCUCUUGACUUCUCGGUUUUCGACAACAACACUUGGAUCUUCGGCACCCAAGAAACCAAACGUGUUAAAACGUCAGCUGACACCUUCUAGACCGCCAACCCCCGCUGAGGCGUACGCUGCGUCCGUAAGGCAGUCCCCGGAACCUGGCUCACCGCAUUGCAUAAUACCUACAAAUACGGACGGAUCUCGCAACCCUUUCCGUAAAUAAGCUAUGUUUUCUCAUAAUUCUGCAUGGACCUCGAGGAUUAGACUGGAUCUUUACCCACCACGAUCUUUAUAACCACGCGCAUUGUACACAUUUUUUCGUCAAUAUACUGUAGCUUACGACUAUGAUCCUGUAUGGAGUGUAAUGUAGCACUUUUAGGUUUAGCUGUCUGUGUAAAUUGCACAAUGCAGUUGGUUGGUUGCGAA